UAUCCCUCUUUCGUUCGCUAUGAAAAAUAUUUGGACAAACUAGAAUAACGACUUCCAGACUUAUUUAACUUACUAAACAUGAUGCCGGUUUACCUCAUUUGUUGAGGGAAUCGACCCCGGACUGCGUCGUGGUUACGUAUUAUUUAUCACCUCGGGAUUGUACUCGCCAGGGCCGACCCACUGGAGAACUUCGGAGAAGUUCUUUGUAUUCGGGACGGGCAGACAGCUCGGCCCACGAGCGGAACAUGGACUGGGGCACAGAGCUUUGGGACCAGUAUGACAUCAUCGAGAAGCACACGCAGUCUGGCCUGGAGCUGGUGGAGAAGUAUGUGAAAUUUGUGAAGGAGAGGACGGAGAUUGAGCAAAACUACGCCAAACAACUGAGGAACCUUUCAAAGAAAUAUAAUCUGAAACGAAGCGGCAAAGAUGAACCAGAUUGCAGGUUUUCCAGCUACCAGUCUUUUCUGGAAGUGCUGAACGAGAUGAACGACUACGCGGGGCAGCGAGAGCUGAUUGCCGAGAACAUGAUGAUGAACAUUUGCAUCGACCUCACCAAGUACCUGCAAGAGCUCAAGCAGGAACGAAAGAUGUAUCUGAUGGAGGCCAAGAGGGCCCAGCAGAGUUUGGAGAGCACCUACAAGCAGCUUGACGGUAGUAAAAAGCGCUUUGAAAGGGAAUGGAGAGAGUCAGAGCGCACGGCACAGUACGCCGAGAAGACCGAUCAAGACAUCAACGCCACGAAGGCGGAUGUUGAAAAAGCCAAGCAGCAAGCGCAGAUGAGAUCACACCUAGCCGAGGAGUGUAAGAACGACUACGCCGCUCAGCUCCAGAAGUACAACAAGGAGCAGAACCAGUUCUAUUUUAAUGACAUGCCACUCAUUUUCAAUAAAUUGCAGGAUCUGGAUGAGAGGCGAGUUCGGAAGUUGGCGCAAGGCUACAUCUUGUUCUCCGACACAGAGAAGCAUGUGAUGCCCAUCAUCGGCAAGUGCCUGGAGGGCAUCACGAAGGCCGGCAAUAAUGUCAAUGAGAGAAAUGACUCCAUGGUUGUAAUAGAGCAGAACAAGUCAGGCUUUGAGCGUCCUGGAGAUGUGGAGUUUGAGGACUACAGUAAGGGCGUCAACCGAGCCUCUUCUGACAGCAGCCUGGGCACGCCCAAAGGCCCCAUGGAGCUUCUGGGAAGGAACAGGAACAAAAACUUUUGGCUUUUCAGCAAAAAGAGUAAGCUCUCUCCCUCCACACUCCCACCUUUCUCGUCACCCCCUGCUCCUUCGCCCGCUAACGGACCCCCUUCCCCCAAGUUUGGCCGGGACCCCCUGUCGUACUGUUUGAAGGAGAUCAAUAGGACAGUCAAACCCAGAAUCUCGUCCUUCCGGACGCUCAGGAGAUCGCCCACGGUGACGGAGGACUUCGCCCAUCUUCCUCCAGAGCAGCGCCGGAAGAGGUUACAACUAAAACUGGACGAAAUCUGCCGAGAGCUGCAAAAGGAAGUAGAUCAGAGUGAGGCCCUGGGGAAAAUGAAAGAUGUUUAUGAGAAAAAUCCUCAAAUGGGAGACCCUGCUAGUCUCGCGUCCCAAAUCAGCCAGACGUCGCAGAACAUCGAGCGGCUCAGCGGGGAGCUCAACAAGUACGAGACGUGGCUGUCGGAGGCAGGAGGCCGAGGGGAGUCUUUGCGCUAUAAAAGUCACUCGUUCGACAACAACGGCGCUCACGAUGCACUCAGCCCUGACGGCGCUCACUCCGAUGAAGGCACUCCUGAUUCCCAGGCCAUCUACGCAGAGUUCGACGAUGACUUUGAGGACGAGGAACUAACCGUUCCUAUUGGGAAAUGCACAGCCAUGUACAGCUUCCCAGGUGCCAGUGAAGGGACCAUCUCUAUGCAGGAGGGGGAGGAGCUUGCCGUGGUGGAGGAGGACAAAGGGGACGGCUGGACCCGUGUGCGGCGGACCAAUGGGGAUGAAGGCUACAUACCGUCGUCUUAUGUCACCAUCAACCUGAGCAAAUGACCGACCGAUGAGGAUCAAGAGAAGAAGAAAUGGUCACGUCACCAGACUGUAUGCCGUUCUUCCCAUGAGACCGAUCAUAAAGAAGCCACAGCACUACGGGCAGGACCACUGGUGUGUGUGUGUGUGUGUGUGGAACGAGAUCCAAAUAAGGUGCUUUGACUUUAUGAGAGAGGCGCCCCACAUGGGCGGAGGAACGGCGCCGGCAGUGUUUUCCUCACGGCUAACGUUACAUUUUUGUAAUCCCAGUUGCCACCUCAACCACAAAGUUAUUUUACUUUUGGAUAUCACGUCACAACUGUUUUUUAAAAAUGUUGGUUUAACAAUGUUGCGUGGACCUCGGGCCCCAUCGCGGUACGAGUGUCCGCCUCGUCCCGCAGGCUGAUGAGGCUUCAGCUUCUAAAUGUGAGAGGGACACGAAGAGGAGGAGGAGGAGGAAGAUGAGUGCUGCUGCCAUCUUUACACUGAUGGUUCAUACCAGUAAAGGAGGGAGUUCCCGUACUUGUUUACCUUUUUUUUAUUUCGUUGAAAGCGGACCUUCAGUUCUCAUUCGCUCCCGCGUACCGCCUUCUAGCUUCACUGGUGCUUGUGAAGUUGUGCGGCGCCGUCACUCGGCUCAAGAGUCGGAUGAGUCCCGAGGGGACGAGUGAGGUUUUAGGGGGAGAAUUCUUCACUUUUGGGUUUUAGCAAUUUGUGAGACGACACGCGUCGACGGUUCUCCCGUCGUAGUAAAUCACACACAACUGUAUAAACACUCACGUUCAGACAAUCACAGACAUAUUGAAGCCCAUUUUAAAUCAACUACAGUUACAGGCCUAUAGCUGUUUUUUUCCCCUCAUAGUUACGACUCUAAAAUUGUACUUAAAAAUAAUUUAUUACAAAUAUAUGUUCUAUGAAUACAAAUUUUUGAAGUUGUAUUUUGUAUUCAGGAUGUUCUCACGUUGCCCCCCCCCCCCCCCCCCCCCUUUGCACACUUAGUGGACAGGUCACAAAAGGGAGUAAAUAAUGCACACAUAAAAUGUGCUACAUUAAGACUUGUAUUUAUGUCAUAAAUAAUAUAUAUUUUAGCUACCACAACACCACUUUUGUCUUAUUCGCUUUUUUUAACCAUUUAAUUAAAGAUUGUUUUACGUCGAGAGAGAACUAAAAGUCUCUAUGUUGCUAAUGUUUUGUUUGAAUUCACUUCAAAUCUUCUCGAGGUCGAGCCACGGCCUGUUUUUUUCUGUUGUUAGUCGAAAAGCAAAUAACGGCUCGUGUCCUUGGUGCCUUUCUGGAUAAAAGCAUAGUGUAUAUACCAUUUCCAUAAGACAUUUUGUUUUCUUCAUACAUGUGAAGUGCAUUUCAAAGUUAGGAGCGGUUAUGUCAUUUCUGGACUUGAAAAAUAAAUAUUUGAAUCAAA